AUGAGAUCAGGAUCCAUCCUCAAAGCUGCAGCGAUCACCAAAUACACCAACACACUUAUCAUCAACUUCAACUCAAAAACCUUUACUAACAGCAAGCGUGGAAGCAAAGCCAUGUGGGACCAAGUCAACAAGAUCAGAGGCUCUGACAAAUCAUUCAACACGUCAACCUCACAGCAAAUUGUUGAAAACACAAUCAACACCUACUUUGCUUCCAUGUCAACCGACCCGUUCUACAAAAUUCCACCAACAAAAGCAACAACAAUCAAUAGCCGUCAUCAACAUCAACAAUUUACCUCAUUCUUCGUCCUGCACAUGCUGACACAGACGACUUUCAAAUAUUUUACGCACUCAAAACACUUCGCUCACAUGGUUUCAAAGGCAUCAAAUUAUUCGACAUCACUGAACGCAUCAAAUAAGCAGCUCCCUCCUGGUCUGGCUACACAACAACAAUUUCAGCAACUACAAUCUCUCAUCAAAAAACUAAUCCGCUUCAACUAUCUACCUGCAUCAUAUCCUACCGUCAUUCAGAUAUUCAACACACUCGAUUCAAGAGUGUUCAAGAAAGUAUAA